CAGACUGAUUCAACACUACAGCAUUCUGAGAAUAAAAACAAGAGGAGGAUGAAAGUCUGACUAAACUUUGACAACACUCUUCUUCACAAGAGUCACUUGGGUCUGUCAGCUGCUUUUUGCUUUAUUGCACAUGUGCAACAAAGCAAGGGAGAAAAUCACAUCGUGGACUGGGAAAAGGCGAAGGCAAUCCACUCAGAGAGCAAAACACACCAGGUUUGGAAAAGGGAGACUGUAGAGAUCAGGAAGCGGGCCCAGAGGACAUUCAACUGGGAUGAGGGGGCCUACAUCCUGUCACACACCUGGGAUCCUCUCCUGAUACUGUCAGACAACAGGGGGCGUGGCGUGGUGGUCCUGCCAUUUCAGGGAGUUGCAGAAAGUUUGUGGUCGAAACAUGUCAAAUGAUCACAAAGAGGCCAACCUCCUCAUCAUAUCUGCUGUAAACACAGAGCUGAAAGCCUCUUUAUUCCUAAUCCUUGAGACGUUCAUAUAAGGGAAACAUGAAGAAGAAAACACGGCAAGGCAGAAAAAUCCCAAAAAGGAAGCAGAAAAAGACCAUCAGAUCCAACACGGAGGAUUCUCAUGGCUUCCUUUCUGAGAUGACUCGGUGGUUUUCAGAUCAUCAGGAUCAGCUGGACGAGGUGUUCCGACUCUGUGAUCCACACAAAGGAGGAUCAGUUCAUCUGCAGGAUUUUCAGCGGGCUCUGAUGAACCUGAACGCACCCUGUCAGCAGUCUGACCUUCAUAUGCUGACUCAGCAGCUGAAGAACAUUGACGACUCCAUCAGUUAUCGAGACCUGACCGGACAAAUACACACUCUGAGGCUACAAGACAGACCGAAGGACUCCCGGUUAAACAGUGAAGAUGGACACCAGGUGUUAAACCCUGAAAAAGAACUCAGGUUUGUCCGUCUGAGUGUCAGACUGAUCCCUUUCGACCUCACUGCAGAUCACCCAGCUAACUUUGAGGUGGUGUUAUUAAACAGCAGCAGAGUCUCCAGUCUGAUCAGGAUGAUCCAGGAAAGGGUCGGAGUCCAGACGUCCCUGCUGGAGGUUUUCAGAUGCAGAGUGCCUUCGGAGCAGGCCAAGCUGCCCUCCCACAGCUCUCUGCAGGAGUGUGGCUUCACAGGGGGCUCAGAGGAAACUCCACCAGAGUACACCGUGUACUACGACUACAGUCUGCUGUUUACUGACUGUCCAAUACUUAACUGUGACUGCUACUUCACAUAAGGAUCAGAACAUGCUGCCAGCAGAGGACGCCGACGUUUAAACAAGACUAACCCUUAACCCCCCACAGUUAACCUCUAUUCCCUAAACCUUCACCCCUGACCCCUAACCUCUACUUCACAGGACUGUCUGAGAGGAUUUUAGACAAGACAACUGUGUGGAUUACUCUGAAACACAGAUCUAGGCUGAAGAUCAACAACAUUACUAAUAACUCAUGAUCUUCAUAUUGUCCUUUAAGGACGUCAGUUUUUACUUCUAUAAUCUCAGUCCUGACCAAGCGGCAACCUCUGGUCUUAAAAUAUGAAGCCCAUGGGGAAGUGUUAUAAACUGCAAUUCAUCGAGAAUCCGCUUGAGGCUGGCUGCAGAA